AGGGUGUUUGUAGCUGUGUAGGUACUGGGAAAGCUUUUCAGCGCCACAGGACACCUGCACAGUACAAAGGGCACACAGCAGAAACAACAGGAAGCCAACAGGAGCCUCAUUUCAGCUUUCACAUUGUGUUGCACUAGGCCAUGAGCAGCGGGAUUUGGCUUCUUCACCACUUCCGCGUUACAGCCGAUUUGCACCCUGGGAAUUGUAGUCUGAUUAAUCUACCUUAGCACGCAUUAUUUUGCGAUAAGAACUACAACUACCGACAAGCAUUUUCGGGGAGGAAGAGAAGGUGAAAUUGACGUAUCAGAAAGGGGCCGUUUCGUCUGUCAACUACUCCGGCAGAUAAUAGGGCGGAGCGGUUGUUGCAGGUACCGAGCCGUGCUGCUGCGCUUCCGCAUUGGAAGGGGUUUGGAGAAUGAGUUAGCCGGGACCGUGUCCAGCACUCAGUCAUGUCCCAGCCUCCCCCUUCACCCUCGCAGAUGCAGCCGCAAAGGAGGAGAGAUCGGCGCAUCUUGUCUGGGACGUGCCCAGACUCUAAGUGCCGGGCCCGGUUGUUUUUCCCUGCCCAGGGCUCGGCUAGCAUAGAGUGUACGGACUGCGGGCAAAGGCAUGAGCAGAGGCAGCUGCUGGAGGUCGAGGAAGUGACCGAACCGGACGUGGUGCUGCAUAAUCUGCUGCGGAACGCGCUACUCGGAGUGGCAGCUCCGCCCAGGAGGAGCACGGAUAUGGCUAAAGUCAUGGGCCUCUCCAACUAUCACUGCAAGCUACUGUCCCCCAUCCUGGCCCACUAUGGGAUGGACAAGCAAACAGGCAAGGCCAAGCUGCUGAGGGACAUGAACCAGGGGGACGUGUUUGACUGUUCUCUGCUAGGGGACCGGGCCUUCCUUAUUGAACCCGAGCAUGUGGAUACAGUGGGAUAUGGGAAGGACCGCUCAGGCAGUCUUAUCUACCUCCAUGAUACUCUAGAGGACAUUAAAAAGUCCAACGUUAACCAAGAGUGCAUCAUUCCUGUGCAUGUCGAUGGGGACGGUCACUGCCUCGUCCAUGCCGUGUCCAGGGCACUGGUUGGCAGGGAGCUCUUCUGGCAUGCCCUGAGAGAGAACCUGAAGAAGCACCUAAAGGAAAAUCUGGACCGGUACAAAGCCCUUUUCCAUGACUUCAUUGACGCAGCUGAAUGGGAAGAUAUUAUCAACGAGUGUGAUCCUCUGUUUGUGCCUCCAGAAGGCGUUCCACUUGGACUGCGAAACAUUCACAUUUUUGGGCUGGCCAAUGUUCUCCACCGUCCCAUUAUCCUUCUUGACUCCCUUAGUGGGAUGAGGAGUUCUGGAGACUAUUCGGCAACUUUUCUUCCUGGGUUGAUACCGGUGGACGUUUGUAAGGGUAAAGAUGGACAUUUAAAUAAGCCAAUUUGCAUUGCAUGGAGUAGUUCUGGCCGCAACCAUUAUAUCCCUUUGGUUGGUAUCAAGGGCGGCUCUUUACCAAUGUUGCCUUCAAGAUUGCUUCCUAAGGCAUGGGGUGUCCCCCAGGAUUUGAUUAGGAAAUAUAUAAAGUUAGAGGAGGAUGGCAGCUGUGUGAUCGGAGGUGACAGGAGUUUGCAGGACAAAUAUUUGCUGAGGUUGGUUGCUGCAAUGGAGGAAGUAUUCAUGAGCAAGCAUGGAAUCCAUCCCAGUUUAGUAUCAGAUGUUCAUCAUUAUUUUUAUCGAAGAACUGGGGUCAUUGGAGUUCAGCCUGAAGAAGUGAUUGCUGCCACCAAAAAGGCAGUAUUGGAAAAUCGCCUCCAUAAAUGUCUAAUUUGUGGGGCAUUGUCAGAACUUCUGGUUCCUUCAGAAUGGUUAGCCCCAGGAGGGAAAUUGUAUAACUUGGCAAAAACAACCCACGUCCAAUUAAAACCAGAUAAAAAUUAUAGUUUUCCUCUUAACAAUAUUGUUUGCUCUUAUGAUGCCGCAAAUGACGUUUUGGUGCCUGACUAUAAUUUAAGUAAUCUGACCAGUUGCAAUUGGUGCCGUGGUACCUCAGUACGGCGAGUGAGAAAUGAUUCCUCCAUUGUCUAUCUGGAUGGGGACAGAACUAAUACCAAAUCCCUUGGAGGCAAAUGUGGAUGUGGCUUCAAACACUACUGGGAUGGUAAGGAAUACGAUAAUUUGCCAGAAGCCUUUCCUAUUACACUCGAGUGGGGAGGAAGGGUUGUAAGGGAAACUGUGUACUGGUUUCAGUAUGAAAGUGAUGUGACUUUAAAUAGCAAUGUAUAUGAUGUUGCUAUGAAAUUAGUUACUAAGCACUUCCCUGGGGAAUUCGGCAGCGAAAUACUAGUACAAAAAGUUGUAAAUACAAUAUUGCACCAGACUGCCAAAAAGAAUCCCAAUGAUUAUACACCAGUAGCUAUAGAUGGUGCCCAUGUCCAAAGAAUGGAGGAUAUUAAACAAGAGGCAGAGUCGCAUUUGCCUACAAAAAUAAUCCUUACUGGUCAGAAAGCAAAGACUUUACAUAAAGAGGAGUUAAACAUGAGCAAAACCGAAAGGAAACUGCAGCAAAGCAUUACAGAACAAGCAGCCGUAAUGCAGAAAAGAAAAACAGAAAAAAUGAAGCAAGGACAGAUCGGAUCAACAAGGUCCUCAUCCCCUGGUUCUGUCGGAGAUAGCCCAUCGUCGGGCCCUUCAACACCGACAAAAACUCCCUACUCUCCAACAGCUUCUAAAGAAAAGAAAAUAAGAAUAACAACCAAUGAUGGGAGACAGGCAAUGCUCACCUUAAAAUCCACUACCACUUUCUCAGAACUGCAAGAAGGAAUUGCCAAAGAAUUGGCGAUUCCUCCAUAUUUACAAUGUAUCCGCUAUGGAUUUCCUCCAAAAGAGCUGGUUCUGCCAAAGCAGGGCCUGGAGAACGAGCCAGUCCCAUUACAGCAUGGUGACAGGGUGACGGUAGAAAUUCUGAAAGGUAAAGAAAAACCACAGCACAACUUGUCCCAUUCAGCCCAUGAAGUAACAGAGGAUAAUGCUGCAGUGUCUAGUAAUCCUGUUUCAAAGGAGCUUCAAGAGCAGAUUGACAAGGAGAUGUACUCGCUGUGUUUGCUGGCAACCCUCAUGGGGGAAGAUGUUUGGUCCUACGCUAAGGGGCUUCCCCAUUUGUUCCAGCAAGGAGGUGUCUUUUACAAUAUCAUGAAGAAAAACAUGGGAAUGGCAGAUGGGAAGCAUUGCACUUUUCCUCAUCUUCCUGGCAAAACCUUUGUCUACAAUGCUGCUGAAGACCGGCUAGAACUGUGUGUCGAUGCUGCAGGCCAUUUUCCAAUAGGUCCCGAGGUAGAAGAUUUGGUGAAAGAGGCUUUGAAUCAACUCCGUUCUGAAGCAGCUUCAAAAAGCAGAGAGUCUAGUCCAUCACAUAGAUUGAUAAAGCUGGGCAGCAGUGGGGUGAUAAAAAAGAAGUCUGAGCAACAGCACAACGUGACAGCCUUUCAAGGGAAAGGGCAUUCCCUAGGAACAGCUUCUAGUAGCCCCGAGCUUAAUCAGACACCAAGGGAUGUUACAAAGCAUGGUACAACUUCAGAUUUCAAUAGCACUUUAACAUAUUCAGAACCUUCCUCCUUUCAGUCUACUACCAGUGACAAUGAGAUGAUCAGAGUUGCUCCUGGUGUAGUAACCAUGAGAGAUAGCAGGCAACUUGACCCCAAUUUGAUUGAGGCCCAGCGGAAAAAGUUGCAAGAAAUGGUUUCUACUAUUCAGGCUUCAAUGGAUAAGCACUUGAGGGAUCAGAAAGAUGAGCAGUUGGUGGCAACUGAGGCAUCUCCAAAGAAGGGAGAAUGGAAGUCGGGAAGCAGCCAAGAGCAAGUGACUGGAAGUGUUCUAGUGAACACAGAAGCAACUAUGGCUUCUGAAGCAAGAAGUCUGAGUUCUGUGGAAACAACAUUGUCUGAGAGGCUUAAAAAUCAACCAGGGGUGCCUACAGGUGAUCCAGAAGAGAUGGACAGCCAGGAUACAGAAAUGACCAACGUGACUGAGCCCAUGGAUCAUUCAUGAUAAAAACAAAGGUUACGUGUAAUAGAAACAUACAUAAGUACAUAUCAAUAUGUAAAUCUAUGGCUGGCCCACUCCUUUACAACAUUCUUGUAUGGUUAAACUCCUCCUUGCUGCAUGAAAACAUAUUUGUUUGGAAAAAAGCUUCCAGAGUUAUACUAGCUUGAUAUGGACUUAAGGGAAUAUCUGUAGAUGUCUUAAGAAGCUUUAGGUUCAUGCAUUUAGCAACAAUUUGCCUCCUUGUGCUGAAGGAGAUAUCAAUAAGGUGCUUUAGUAGUGUUUGUUCAAUUAAGGGGCAAGUCAAUCCCAAGUAUUGGUUUAUUCAGUUAUCAACCAUAGAGUUGCUGUGCAGCUUUCCAUGGACAGCAGCCCUAUGCUUUUUAAAAUAUAUUCCAGUGCAACCUCAACACUUCCCUGUAUAUGCGCUGCACCUUGGUUCACCUUAAAAUAAAUUUUUAGUGUGAUUUA